AUGGGUUUCUGUAACGAUUCUACGUUGGAUUUACCAAUAUUAGACACUGAUUACAAAAUUCACAUAGGUUCUGGAGGUAUCCCAGUUGAACUGUUAUUUCCAGGAGAGUACUGCUCUCUCUUCGUUGGCUCGCGUCCUAUUAAUUGGUCUUCCGAAAAAGGCCUCUCUUUUGGAACCCAAAUUUUAAAGCAUUUUAGUAAAUAUGGAUGCGUGACUCAGUUUUUACGAUUUAGUGAUGCAGAACAGGAGUUUAUUGGACACCCAUGUUUGAUACGCAUGGAAAGUAAAACAGCAGCGUUAAAAGCAUUUGAAAGCGGUGAUAUGGUCUUUGACAGUCAAGUUUGGGAGGUUAAGCCAGCAUAUCAUAUUUGGCCGGAAGAGAAAAAAGCAGAUCGUGUUUUGAAACUAUUUGAAUUUGUGGUGCACUUCAGACGUCUUCCUGUUCCUGGGCUCUGCAUUUUGAAGGUACAUCUGUAA